CCAAUUUCCGGUGCUGUCUGACUCACCGUGCGUAAUUUUCUCCAAACUCUUAACUCCAGCAGGGAUCUCCUCCCUCCCUGUCUGCUAAGGUUGCUCCUCUCGCCCAGGUGCGACAUUCUCUUUGCGCCUUAGUGGAAGCUCAGCCCAGAAGAUGACGGACCCAUCCCUGCCAGACUCCACCGCCGCCCCGGACCCGGAUCCAGGUUCGGAUCCCACGGUGGCGCACGGCCAAUGCGAGCAGCUGGAGUCCCCACAUCAGCAGCAGAACAACACAGAGACUCAGGGAGAGGCUUUCAAAAUGGACCAGGAGAUGAAGAUAGCGGAGAACAUAGAGGAUAGAGGUCUGCUGGAGAGCAGCAUGCGCCUGAAGCCCCACGAAGCGCAGAGCUACCGCAAGAAAGCCCUCUGGGUGUCCUGGGCGUCUAUCGUGGCCACCAUAAUCCUGGCAAUCGCCGCCUUCACUGUGUCCAUCAUGCGCCACAGUGCCUCUGCUUUUGGAUUUGCUUUUGACGCCGUGCUGGACGUGCUGUCCUCCGUCAUCGUGCUGUGGCGCUACAGCAACGCGGCGGCUGUGCAUUCAGCCCACCGGGAAUACAUAGCCUGUGUGAUCCUGGGCGUGAUCUUCAUCCUGUCUUCCAUGUGCAUCAUGGGAAAAGCCAUCCAUGACCUGGCCACCAAGCUCCUGCCUGAAGUGGACGACUUCCUGUUCAGCGUGUCCAUCGUCAGCGGCUUGGUGUGCGUCGUCCUCGCCGUGAUCAAGUUCAUGCUGGGAAAAGUGCUGACCAGCAGAGCUCUGGUCACCGAUGGAUUCAACUCUCUGAUUGGAGGGAUCAUGGGGUUCUCCAUCCUCAUCAGUGCUGAAGUGUUCAAACAUGAGCCCAAGGUGUGGUACCUGGAUGGAACAAUAGGGGUCCUCAUGGGACUCAUCAUCCUCGCCUAUGGAGUCAAGCUGCUGCUGGACACAGUCCCCCGGGUCAGACAGACCAGAAACUACGAGCGCUUCGAGUGACGGGGGGGGCUACGGUAGAGACACUCCCACCUGACCGUCCGCAGACGGUCCCACUCGAGCUGCAAACACUGAACUGGAUGAUGGGAGCAGCGCUGAUGGAUGAAACCUUUGGGAACUUUGAAGUGUUUUACUGUUCGGUGUACAUACAGUAUAUCUCCACCUGUCUGGUCGCAGUGGGCGCUCUGCUUUCUCAUGCCUCCAUUUGUAGUUCUACGUUUGGGCUGCAGGUUGUUAAAGGCUAAUGGACCCAGCAGAUGAAGGGUACCUGAGCUCCAGCUCAUCAUGACGUAACAGCUGAUUGUUUGGCUGAGCACGGCUAUAAAGAGCUCAAACUGGCCAACUAAGCCGUUCUGUAUUAUCAGUUUAACUUUUUUAUGACUAUAGAGAGGAAAUCAAUGUGAGGCCCAUUAGGCGAAGGAAGCAGGACCGACAUUUUAAUGGCUCCGUUCCAGUCCUGGACUUUAUUUUUGCCUCCCAGGACAGAGGGAAAACUUUUCCAGAUUUAACUUCCUACGUCUGAAUCUUUUUUAGGGUAUUGCUGAAGAGUGAAAGCAAAUAUUUAUUAAUGGUAGACUCGUUCCAGAGGUCAGAUAGAUGGAACAUAUUUUCAGUGGGACAGCAAUCGGUCUGUUUUUGGAUGUUUUUUUUUCUUUCUGACCCUGAGCUGGAAAAAUAACUGGAAUCGUCUGAAGCGACUCAGAUCUUGCACCAUCUACUGACCAAAUAAGGUUACUGCAAUUUAUAAACAAGUAAUUUUUUAAUGUACAGCCUUACCUGUGUGAUUUAUGAAUAGAUUUGAGGCUCAAUGAGACUUAUAAAACUGAAAUUUAAUAGUUCAGCUUCAUUAUGGUACCUGUUUGGGAUAAUGGAUAUCCAGCUGGUUAAAUCCCACUUUAAACCAGUUUCUAUCUGUUUUCCAGUUUUAGUGAUUCCCUCAUGGUCCACUGUAUUACUGUUUCAUCGUGAUGAGCUGGAUUCCGUCAGGUUAGUAAAGGGUCUGCAGCAGCUUUAUCAGCCUCAUAAAGCUCCAUGAGCGACUAUUUAGGGUUUGAACAUCUUGACCACUGGUUUAGUAAGUUCUAGCUUUAAAUCUUGGGUAAGUUCAAAGAGAGAAAUGGUUUUCCAGGAAACAGAGGGCAUCAAAUAAAUCUGCAAUCGCUGGAGUUCAGAGUUGACAUUUUGUGUUCUGGUUAGCCAGUGACUCAGGAGUCGAUAUGUGCGCUUCCUUAUCAUCAGCUGCUGUUUGCUUUGGGAUUACGCUCCUAGUUUAAUGUUGACACAUGAAGAUAUGAUGCUGGUAUAAAACUUGAUGCUUCCUUCAUGUUGAUCAUUUACUUCUUUCCUGAAUGGGAGUAUCUCUGUUAACGGUUUCUUCCUGUUUGAAUCUGAAGCCUUAAUUUUGCCGAUCAGUGAUAUGUAAAUAUUCUCUAUGGUAUGAUUGCCAGGUUACAGCAGUCUGAAUGAAUGUAUACUCUGCUUUUAAAAACGAACAUCUUUUAUUGCAGCAGUAAAAUCCAACCUGUUAGAGAAGGUUUACUGUGGAAAAUGUUCCAACCAGCAAAGAUGAUCCGCCUCUGAGCCUCAUUAAUCUGUUAUCCUGCACAGCUGUGAGCUUUCAGAGAUGAAGCUGACCGUGUUGUUGGAAGAUGACACUCCUUUCAAAUACUUUGGUGCGGUGGCAAACAGUAAACACAGCAGUGCUCCAGACCCCUGGAGGGAGUUUAACACAGAACAAACGACAUCUGAGGGUUUUGUUUUAAUGUUAUUGUACGAUUGAGUUUGAAAAUGAAAAGCAAGGAUGAUCUUUCUUCCUCCAACUUAAAAAAAAUAAAAUAAAUCCUGCGCUAAAGCCUUACCUCCUGUUUGUGUGGACGGUCUGGUCUGGUAGGGUUCUUUGUCGACCCCCUCUAGUGGUCUGGAGCACUUCCAUUGUUAUUUUGCAGUGAGUUUCCUGCUGUGUUUACUUGCAUUUGUUUUGAAGUUGAAUCAAGUUUUUGCAGCUCAUCCACCAGGUGCACUAUAUUAAAUGCUUUUAAGUAAAUACGCCAGUAAACAAAACAAAAAGGAGUCGUCAUUUGGGUCCUUGUGCAGGAUAAUGAUCCAAAACAUGAUGCUGAAUAGUCUUAGUGGGAUAAUUCUGCUGCAAUAAACAGAAUUACUGUUGAAA